GAUCGAGGAUCUGGGAUCUAGGAUCGAGGAUAAGGAGAACAAGUCCCUGGGGCUGUCCCCAGGGCUGGUUGGGGCGCGCGGCUGGGAGGCGCCCUGCCACCGCCAGGAUGCGCUCGGUGUAGCGGGACUGCCGGGGGGGGGCGCCUGAAGGCCAGCGCUCCAAGGACACGCGGCCACCCGCUCCUCGCGGGCUCCCGGGCCCAGACGCCCCGCAGCGCCGGAGCCGAGCCGCGGGGAGUGCGGGCGAAGGGUGGCAGGAGGGAGGGCGCGCGCGAGGCGGCCCCUCCUCGGCGAGCCAUGCGUGCCACGGGCCGCUGAGGAGCCGCCGGGCGCCGCUGCCAAGUCUCCGCUCCGCUUUUGUCUUGCCCUCCAGUGAAUGGGAAGAUGGAGAUGGAUGUGGAGGGAGUUUCUCCGCGCCCGGAGCCCAUCCCCCGCUCCCAGGGGGCUGGCGGAGCCUGCCAGGCGCCGCCACAGCCGCCCCAGCCCCAGCCGCAGCCCCAGCAGCAGCUGGCUCAGGAUGAAGUGCCCAGCGAGAGUGCGGGCGCUGAGGACAGCGACGAUCCGGAGGCGAGACCCAACGGCGAGAGGGGGGAGAGCAAGAGAUUGCAUGGCCUGCAAGGUGAUGGACUCCAACGUGACCACCUUGGAAUCUACCAAACUCCAAGCCACUGGCAGUUCCAGCGCACAAAACCCCUUGUGGAGAGGAGGCGAGAGAAGCAAACUGGGAGGAGGCCUUCUGUUUGGCUACAAAGCGGAUGGACCACGUCCUCAGGUCUCCUGGAAGUUGUUGAAACACAGUGAGGGAGGUGACAUCACUCACAGGAUGGAAUCAAAGAAGCAUUUACAGUAGGCUAAUGCCGGCAUCCUUCAGACUGAAGUCCUAGGGCCCAGUUCUAAGUCUCUCUCUCUCUCUCUCUCUCUCUCUCUCUCUCUCUCUCUCUCUCUCUCUCUCUCUCUCUCUCUCUCUCUCUCUCUCUCUCUUUUCUCAUUUUUCUUUUCUUAGCUCAGGGAAUUUUAACCAGGAAUUGCUUUAAUAGGUAUAAUUAGGUGUAGUUUUCUUCCCAAAUUAGCCCUGUUUAUGAGCACGUUACUAGGAAUCUAGGGGGUUCCAGCCAGCGUCACUACGUAUUAGCUGAUGAAUCCAGAGUCCACUCUUGGAGUUCAUAAGUCCCCUUGAUAAAAAUAAGAUAAGAACUGACCCCAACGAACUUCAAGGACAUUUAUUAUUAGCAUUUAAAAGUAUAAAGCAGGCAGAGGCAAGGUGUAAAUCUCAGCAGCUGUCCAGAGGAGGAAGACGGAGAGGAGAGUGUGGUCCUGCAGCUUAGGUUAAGCCAACGUGAAGGUCAGCCGUAUGACAAGCAAGCAGCCACAAGGAGGGGGGUCUGCAGAAAGGCCAAAGGGUUCUGGAAAGGUGCUUAGACGAGAGGUGGAAGCUAGGGAUUGCUGUGACUUUCUGAGCAGUUCAGAAAGGUGGGCAAUCCCAGUUGCACAGGGCUAUACGAGCAGCCGGGAAUUCUGCAGAGGGAGAGCUCCAGCCUUCUUGAGAGAUGGUCCCUAAGCCAGGUGACUGACCUGCCCAAUCAGAAUGUUGGGAUCCACCUAAGCCAUUCUCUUGAUCAGAGAAGAAAAGGGUUUUCCUUUAGUGUUACUCUAACAGAUUCUGUUCCCAGAGAUUUCCUAGGUAGGAACUGGGGUCAUGGUGUUGGUCUAGCUUAGUUCCCAUCAUUCGGUUAAAAACCCAUGUCCUUUCUGUUCUCUCAAGUUUGCAUUCAGGUCAUGGCAUAUAGGCACCAUGUUGCUUAGCUACCAAAGACUCCUUUAACCGAGGAACCAGCCACAGUUAAAACACAGACAAGCGUGUGUUACACCUGGGGCUCAUGCGCGUUGUUUGAUAUGAAUGUUGAACUACAAAGGAACACACACCCCACAGUUUGAGAUGUAGGUCCCCUCUGAUCCUAGAACAGUAGACAAUGUUUUAAAUAUCAAAAGUGACUUUCAGAUACUUUGAAUCUUCUGGGCAAUUUUGGGUGGUUUUGCUAUGCCGUUUCCUAAGGUCAUAUAGGAACAGGAGAUCAACGGCCUUCCCAACUGCGUUGUUCAGGCCUCUGUGGAUCUGCCUAUCUGGGAAGAGCUAAAGCAAAGGCAGGCAUACCCCUGUAGUGGGGUUUGGCAGUGGGGACGUUUCUGUGUCUGUCCUGUAAAUAAAUGUCUGCCUCACAAUAAAAUAUCUUGGUUGACUCAGC